UCUUAUGCGGAUUCAGAUUCCUAAUUAUCAAAAUCUUUAUUAAUUGAAAUGAUCAAUUAUUUAAAGUAUUUAAAGUUAAAAGCAUCUAUGAAUAUUUCAAUCACAGAGAAAAACAAGAUGAAAGUGCAAACAAGAUUCUUAGUGGACUCACCGCUAUUGUGGUACACAAUGACUCCGAUUAAGCUAAAAACAGCAAACAUGAAAUGAAGCAAGGCAAUAAAAAUGCAUGAACCUUUCUAAAUCUUUAAAAGAGUUAAUUUUAAAUAUGUAGCAGACAUAAUAUUUAAGAGAGAAUGCAAACUAAAAGUGAUAACAAUCGCUAACUAGUACCAUGGAUAUAGCUGAACUUAAUAGAAAAUGGCAUAAGUGUACACCAUGUAAACAAGCAUGUUAAUGGUGUUAGUGAAAAAGAAGCAGCCCCUAAAUGGUUGGUUCAUCAUAUAAUUUUCCUUUGAUUUCCCUGCUUUUUUAAAAUUUAAUAACAAAAAUUUUCAUGAUAAUAAAAAAAAGAUUCUGCUUACAUCUGUUAUUACCCUUCUAUCAAAUAUAUAGGUAGAUGAGAAAUAUGCUUUUAAUUUAAAGCAUAGAAGAAAUAUUAUUAAAGAAUAUUUGAUAAGCAAAUAUUUUUACCUCAAUAUUUUUCAUCACAAUUAUUUAUUUUUAAUUAGCUAAGAAAUAAGCAUCAUAUUUUACAAUUAAAGGGGUUCAUUAGAUGAUAACUGAGAAAUAUUUAAAUCCUCUAGUUUAUUUUUUAUACAUAGCAAAAUAAUCAAGAAUCAAUGCGAAAACUUUACAACUAAUUUUUUUCUUUUACAAUAAGUUCAAUCAAUAACGUUUAAGUUUUAAACAUCAAUAACAACUCUUUGUUGUCUAAUUAACUUUUGAAAGAAU